CGUGAUCCAACUCGUACUUUGACGUGACCAAUAGGCAGCCGAGUUCACCCUGCGCAGCGAUGCUAUUGGCUGCUUUUUAAACACGGACCAACGGCGCUGAUAUUCAAACUCAUUUGGACUGUUGAGUUUCGGACGCGUCUGUUGGGGCGAGUUUGCGGUGGUAUUUAGUUUUUUUCUGCGUUUUGUUCUGUGUUAACAGAUUUCAGCGGCAAUAGAAGAACAUUUUUUGAGGACCCCUCGGGUUUAGAAGAUGGACACGCAGCAGCCUGGAAACUCUGCUGAUCCGUACUCAUUCGAUGCCCCGUCUCAUGUAAUGCAAGAUUUUAACUCCGAAGAUAAUGCUGAUCAGUGGUUUGACCUGAUGGCUGCCUCCACAACUGGGGAAAUGGAGCAACUCACAACCCCCUUAAGGGUUCCAAAACCUUUUGAUGGAAUGCACAGUGAAGCCCUGCCUAAAGCCAUAGUGCCACCCAUGGUCCAUGUGGCAGAGACCACAGUGUCAGCAGACGUUGUAGCUGAAAGCAUUUCUCCAGAACCUCCAUCCAACAUUGUGACUUCAUGGGGAGAUGGCAGACCAGCAGGAGCUCCUGGCCAGGCUCAGAGGAGCAACGUUCCAGCUCAGCCACGCAGAGUAUUGAAGCGUCCUGUGGUCAAAGAUCAACCUCAAGCUCCUUCUACACCUCCUGUGAUGAAGAAGAGGAGGAGCUCAACGAGUGCAAGACAAGCUCGCCGCAGUGGUGCUCCCACCAGACGCAGCAUCAGGCAAAAGAACAAACUGUCCACGCCCUCAGCUGCUGCAUCCGCUUCUACCUCCUCUGCUAACCAGCAGAAGAGCACCGAGCAGCAGGAGCUGGAGCGCAUUGAAACUCUACAGAAGGAGGUGGCCGAGCAGCGCAAGAGGAAUGAAGCUAGCUACAGAGCUGCGCUUGCAGGAAGUCAGCCUCCAAAGAAGCAUGUGCUGUCCUCCACUAUUCCCAAAGAAUUCAACUUCCGCUCCGAUAACAGAGUGAAAAACCAUACAGAAGUUUCAUAUAAGGAGUGCGAUUUUACUUCCCAACUGCGCAAGCACCCUUCCUCACCUCUAAAGGCUCACAAGGGCACCACAAUCCCCAAGCCCUUCAACCUCUCCACCGGCAAGAAGAGGAAGUUGGAGGAAACCAAUUCCUACGUGUCUAUGGCUGAGCAGAUUGAACAGUUUCAGAAGCGCACACCAACCCGUUAUCACUUGCGCAGCCGUCAGAGUCAGGAAAGGGGCCCAUCACCAGCGAAAACUGAGAAGCCCAAGGUUACUCACCCUCACACCCCUCAGCUCUUGACCCGCCAGAGAAGCCGCCCUGCCAUGGUGAAGAGCGCUGCUGAGAUCGAGGCUGAAGAAGUGGAAAAACUGCAGCAGUUUAAGUUCAAAGCUCUUGAGCUCAAUCGGAAGAUCCUCGAAGUGGCCCUGGCUCCAAAGAGGCCUGCUCCUAAAGAAGUGACCCGUCCAGAGGGCUUCCAGCUGGAGGUGGAGAAACGUCUGCAGGAGCGACAUGCCGCCAAAAAGACAGUAGAGCAGGAAGACCACACCUUCCACUCCAAACCGUUACCGACCCGAAUCCUGGAGGAGGUGGUGGGUGUCCCAGAGAAGAAAGUACUGAACCCUACUGUCCCCGAAUCUCCUGCUUUUGCACUCAAAAACCGUGUACGUGUGGAACGCAGGACGGAAGAGGUGAAAGUGCCGGCUCCACUGAAGGCACUUCCUGUGCCCCACUAUGUGCCCUUCCAGCCCAAACCUGCAGCCAAGAACCAUGUAGAAAUGUGUCCUUUCUCAUUCGAGCAGCGUGAGCAAGAGCGCAAAGCACAGAAAGAGAAAAGGCUGGAAGAACUGAGAAAUGAAGAGGUGCCCAAGUUCAAGGCUAGGCCUUUGCCUGACUUCCAUGAAGUGAACCUUCCAGAAAAGAAGGUAAAUGAACCUACCAAGCCUGCUCCUUUCAAGCUGAUGGUGGACGAGCGUGGAUCUGUGAAGAGUGAACGUUGGGAGCAAAUGAUAAAAGAGGAGUUGAAGCAGCAAGCUGAUGCAGCGUGCUUCAAGGCGAGACCCAAUGCAGUCGUGCACAAGGAACCCUUUGUGCCCAAGAAAGAGUCCCGCUCCAUCUUGGCCGAUACUACCCACUCUGUAGUUGCCGAGGGUUUCCAGCUAUUUACGGAGCAGCGGGCCAAAGAACGGCUGGAGUUUGAGCGGGUCAUGAAGGAGAAGGAAGCGCUGAGGGCUCAGAUGGAGGAGCGACAAGCCAGAGAGCAAGAGGAGCAUGAGAAGGAAGAAAUCGCCAGAUUACGGCAGGAGCAGGUGCACAAAGCCCAGCCAAUCAGGCGCUACAAACCAGUCGAGCUGAAGCACAGCGAGAUGUCUCUCACCGUGCCGCAGUCUCCAAACUUCUCCGACCGCUUUCGUCUUUAAAGUCUCAUCAGGACAAAUUGUACAUAACUUUAAAUGUUUUUGCUUCCUUUUAAAUCACUUUCAUUUGUUUCUUUUUGUUUCUUUUUGUUUGUUUUUUUAAGUUGUGUGCUUAGUCAGCAAUGUUUUUUACCCUCUGAGGCUAUAGGCUACACUCAGACUUGGACACUUGUUUGUGACUGUGAUCCAUUGCAUUAUGUGAACUGUUGUAUAAUACGUGUUCUCUCAUUCUUCUCUACAUGUAGCCUCUGCCAUUUUCUGUCUUAAUAUUUUCCCUUCUUUUUGUAAUGUAUUAAAGGUGUAUUAGAACAGUUUGUUGCAUGAUGUGGGUUUUUUCCUUUCUCUUCUCUCCUCUCCUACUUUUUCUUCCUACAUUUGGCUGUUUGUUGGGGAAUGAUGCUAUAAGGGCUGAGAUGAUGCUACAGUUGAAUGUACUGAAGAAAAGUAUGUUCUCCUGUAUUAAUGGACUAUCCUGUUUGGGUACAAUGUCUUGGAUGGCUUUUUUAAUAGAUUUAAAACAAACCAAGAAAAGUAACAUUCACAUCUUGCACUUCAGCAAGAUGUGUUAAGUCAUUAAUUCAGUAAAUGUGUAUAGGGCUGCGUGAUGAGUCAUAUGAUACUUAGACAUUUCUGCGAUGCAUGGUCUGUAUCAUAACAUACAGGUCUGCUAAUGGCGGUGUCGCAUUGU